AAAUAUCUACUUUUAUAUGUAUCAAAAAAUAUUUGUGUAAUAUAUAUGAUCCAAGAAUAAAGAAACAAUAAACGGAAGAAGGUUCAAAUUACUUAGACGGUCAAGAAUAUCAUAUUGAGAAACGAUGUUUACUAUAUUGAUAUUAUGUAUGUUUAUUUUAUUGAUGUAUUAUUUGUAUAAUAAAUAUUAUAUAAAUUAUGAAAGAAAUUGGCGUCUCAUUAAACUUAUACCGGGACCACCGGGUUUACCGAUUGUUGGCAAUGUGUUCCAAUUCCAUGUUUCAGCAGAAGAAUUAUGGAAGCUCUUUUAUACAUUACAUAAUGAAUAUUAUCCCAUCUUUAAAGUUUGGAGUUUUUCCAUUUUUGUGGUGUCUAUCCGUCAUCCAGAUGAUUUAGAGACGAUAUUAAGCAACACCAAUAUAAAGCGCAUUGAAAAAACUGUUACAUAUGACAUAUUACAUCCUUGGUUCGGCACAGGUCUUCUCACCAGCACAGGAGUUAAAUGGCAAACGCGGCGAAAGAUAUUAACAUCUACGUUCCAUUUUUACAUAUUGAAUCAAUUUGUUGACAUCUUGAUCAAGGAAGGCGAUUGCAUGACAAAAUCUUUGAUGGAUAUUGAAGGGACAGUAGUAAAGGAUUUAUUGCCAUUUAUUAGUGAAUAUACGCUAAACGCGAUAUGCGAAACUGCGAUGGGUGUCUCUUUACAAAAACUCGGUGAAUUUCAGCAACAAUAUCGAAAUGCGAUUCACGAUAUGAUCGAAUUGAUAAUUUAUAGAAUAUUCAGGCCUUGGUUGCACAACGAUAUGAUAUUCUUAUUGUCAUCACAAGGAAGAAAGCAAAAAAAAAUCCUAAAAAUAUUACAUGGAUUUACGGAAAAAAUUAUUGCGGAAAGAAAAUUUUAUCACGAACGUACCAAUGGUCAAUACUUAAAAAACCUUGAAAGUGAUAAAGAAGGGGCGACAAAUGAUGUCGAUCGUUUGGAGGUACUUAAAAAAAAGCGGUUAGCUAUGUUGGACCUUUUAAUAGCGGCAUCUCAAGAAUAUUCUUUAACUGAUUUGGACAUCAGAGAGGAAGUUGAUACCUUUAUGUUCGAAGGUCAUGAUACCACAGCGACCGGUAUAAUGUUUACUUUAUUACUAUUAGCUGAACAUAAGAAUAUUCAGGAACGUGUGAGGCUUGAAAUCGAUAACGUUAUGCAAGAUAAUGGAGGGAAACUUAACAUGAGAUCACUGCAAAAUUUAUCAUAUUUGGAUAGAUGUUUAAAGGAAGCAUUACGUUUGUAUCCCAGCGUGCAUUUAAUAGAACGGAAGCUUACGGAUGAUGUAAAAUUACAAUCAUACGUUGUACCCGCUGGAACGAUCAUACGUCUUAACAUUUACGCAGUUCACAGAGAUCCCAAUUUUUGGCCAAAUCCAGAAGUAUUUGAUCCGGAUAGAUUUUUGCCUGAGAAAAUAGAGAAUCGUCAUCCUUACUCCUAUCUAUCUUUCAGUGCAGGGCCAAGGAAUUGCAUAGGUCAACGAUUCGGUCUCUUGGAGAUGAAAGCUAUGAUAGCUCCUUUGGUGCAUAAUUUUUAUUUGGAACCCAUUGAAUAUUUGAAAGAUAUCCGAGUAAAAUUGGAUAUGGUUAUUCGUCCUUCUCAUCCGAUUCAUGUGAAAUUCAUUCCAAUCACAUGCAAACAGAAAUCGUUUAAAACUAAUGCAGAUGUUACACGAGUGUAACAAGUUAAUGCAUUAUAAACAUCGAAAAAAAUCGUUCAGUAUAUUACA